AUGUCAUGUCCCAGCAGCGCGGCUCCCGGCGCCUUCCUGAUGGAGCCGCUGGCCCGGCCCGAGCCCUUCGCCGCCGGCCCGGCGCUCUUCGCGCAGCCCGGCGACUUCUCGCCGCUGCGGAGCUGCGCGGCGCUCCCGCAGCGCGACGAGCCCGCGCCGGGCUCCUUCCCCGCGUACCUGGCGCACCUGGACACCUGGGCCGAGCCCAAGGGCGCCUUUCGGCUGGAGCCGCCGAGCUGCGCCUUCCCCGCCGUCAAGGAGGAGGGCGGCUGCUGCAUGUUCCCGGCGGAGAAAAGGGCGAAACGCGCGGAGAGCGCGGCCGAGCCCGCGCUGUUCGCCUCGCCGCCGGCCGAGCCCUGCCUGGGCGACCGCGAGGCGCCGGGGCCCGGCUACUACCGCUUCCCCUCGCUGGAGAAAAGCCCCGGCCCGGCCUUCGACGGCCGCGGGGAGCGCCUGCAGCCGCCCGAGCCGCUUGCCCCCAAAUUCCACCGGAAUUGCCCCGAAAACGCCGCCGCGGAGCAGCCGCGGGGGGAAAUCAAAGGGGGAAAAGCCAAACCUGAGGCGGAAAAGGAGAUGAGCAAAAGCACGGACACCGCCAGCACCGAUAAUUCCGACAGCGAGGCGAAAGAGGAGGCGAAGGCGGAGGGCGCGGGGGGGACGUGGCUGGCGGCGCGGCCCGGGCGCAAGAAGCGCUGCCCCUACACCAAGCACCAGACGCUGGAGCUGGAGAAGGAGUUCCUGUUCAACAUGUACCUGACCCGCGAGCGCCGCCUGGAGAUCAGCCGCAGCAUCGCGCUCACCGACCGCCAGGUCAAGAUCUGGUUCCAGAACCGCCGCAUGAAGCUCAAGAAGAUGAACCGGGAGAACCGGGUCCGCGAACUCAGCGCCGGCUUCAGCUUCAGCUGA